ACCUCUGCCACCACCACCACCACGCAUACCACCUCCCCGACCUCCCCGACCGCCUCUGUCGCCACCACCCCUGCCGCGUCCACCGCGUCCACCAAAACCACCUCGUCCUCCAGAUUCACCAAAAGCCAUCGAAGUUUUUCUGUGGAGAUAACGCCUGUGACUGAUGGUUUGUUCAUGUUCUCCACUCGCCGAUGUUUGCACGAGAAUCCACUUGGGCUUCAAAGACUCGCAUUGCCACGAAAAGCGACUGGGAUUCCACAGAAACGUUGUAUCCCAAAUGUUAAACGUGUCGUAGCUGUCGCAAGUGGCAAAGGCGGCGUUGGAAAGAGCACUGUUGCUGUCAAUCUUGCGUUUGCUCUAUCGACUCGCAAACUACGUGUUGGUAUCCUUGACUUAGAUAUAUUCGGUCCUUCCAUUCCAACUCUAAUGGGACUACAACAUAGCGAAGAGCCUCUAAUCACGUCAAACGGAGCGCUGAUUCCCUUGAUGAACCACGGAAUAGCAAGCAUGUCGAUGGGGUUUCUUCUGCCACGAGACCUCAAGUCUAGUUCUACACACGAUAGUCCUGUCGUCUGGAGAGGGCUGAUGGUACAAAAGGCUGUCCAGCAGCUUCUAUUUGACGUGGACUGGUCGAAUGAAUCACGACUACCUCCUCUCGAUGUCCUUGUCGUGGAUCUUCCGCCUGGAACUGGUGAUGUACCACUCACUCUCGGUCAACACGCUCAAGUCGAUGGCGCAGUAGUCGUGUCAACCCCGCAAGAUGUGGCACUUGCUGAUGUUCGCAAAGGUAUCGCCAUGUUACGCAAAAUAGACAUCCCUAUCAUUGGCCUUGUCCUCAAUCUUGCCACGUUCCUUUGCACCUCUUGCCAAACGGCGCACCAACUUUUUGGAUCCCCUGCAGCGUUUCACAACGUUGCUGAGCGCUUCGACAUCAAUGUCCUGGCGAAACUACCUCUCGUUCCUGGUGUCAGCAUUGGCGGGGAUAACGGUUCACCGUUUGCACUCUCUCGUGAACAACAGAGACAUAGAGGUCCUGAUCAGUGGCUAUUAGAGAUGGACAAAGCAGCAGAAAGUGUCUGGCAAGCAAUAGUAUAG